CUGUAACAAAAUGGUUUUACCGAAAAGUCUGCCCGCUCACCUCAACAAACAUACAGAUCUUCAUAGGUGUACCGAAUGCAACUUAAGCCACACAUCCAAAGCAGCUCUCGAAAAACACAUCAAGGCUCGUCACAAAGGCCAGAAAGGCCUCGUUUGCCACAUCUGUGGAAAGCAGAGUAGUUGUCAAUCGUCCCUCAACCGUCACCUCGCAUACCACAGCUCGGCAAGGCCCUACCAGUGCAAACAAUGCGAUUUCUCCACCAAGUCACGCAGCAUCUUGAAAGUUCACACUUCCAGAAGACACCUAGGCAUACAGAAACCUUGCGGACAGUGCGGAAAAGUCCUAAAGUCAGAAGUGAGCUUAAAACAGCACAUGAGGAGGAUUCACAACCCCCGAAAGCACGUCUGCCAUAUCUGCCAGAAGGAGUUCACUGAAAAGCACAGUUUAGACAAGCACGUUCUGAAACACUCGCUGCAGAGGCUUUACGGAUGUAAAAUUUGUAAUACGGAGUUCUACACUGUAAAACAGCUGAAGGAGCACAUGCACUCGCACAGGCAGGGGUGCGUCAGUUGCCCGAAUUGCGGGAAGCAGUUCUUUUACAAACGGUACCUGGAGAAGCACAUGGCCAAGUGUAUGCCCGAUUCGGAAGUGGGAGAUUUUAAAGAACGGCUGUGUCGCCUUAAAAGCACUAUAUCUCUUCCAAGCUCCUCGAUGCAGCUGGAGAAAUUGAAGAGUUACGAAUGA